AUGCUAGAUCGCACUAGAAGUUUCCAGAACUGCAGGGAAACGGAUGUUCCCGGUUACAAUGACUGCCCGAGCCUCGUAUACCCUGUGAAUCGCGGCGCAGGUACGAAGCAGACGAUGGUAAAUGGGCAAAUAGACACAUUUGGAAGUACUCAGGUAGCGUCUGUGCCACCUCCACCCAUUGGAAAGCGCUCGAGUAGUCGGAGCUCGAGUGCCAUCAAGGUCCCGCAAGCAUUGCACAAGAACAAAGACGAAAUUCUGCAAGAAAUCGAUAGUAUAUUCGCCAGGAAAUCGAAGCUGUCGCCUGUUGAAUUGGAAUAUCAUCAAAAAAAGUUCCGUGCCAAUUUUGGGCAGACUCUGGAGCAUGAACAUGGAAAACAGCUCAUGAACGAGGUGCUGGCAUCUUUGGAAGACGACUCGAAAGUUCAUAAAAUUCUGACGCAAUGGAUGAUGUCUGACUCCACCAUUAACAAAUGGUGCCCGUCGCUUCGAAAAAUCAUGUGCAAUCUGCAACCAGACGGGAUAUAG